CUGCCUUCCCGAACACAUAUCCCCUGCCGCGCCGACGCCCUAGUCCCCUGACUCCGACGCCGUCACGCCGCCGGCCACCGCCACCCGACGCAAUACCUGCCGCUACCCCGUGGCGCGCUCCCCGAAGGACCACUUCGCGCCCCUAAGCAGCUGUCUGUUCUGCGGGUGCAGCGUCACCCCCGCGGCACGCCGUCUCGUGCCGGUUAGCAGCUGACCAGAGGAGGUUGGGAGCAUCAGUACAGCAACCAAUUCGCGGCAGGUAGAAGGUCGUCUUCUCAGUUGGUAGCAUUCUUUUGGUGCCGAUGAGCAAGAAGAAGAACAAACCUGGAAAGUCAAUCAAGUUGCUGAAAGAUGCUGAACAAACAGUAACUUCAGAUUAUAUAACAGGAGAUUCCCUUGAUGAACUAUUGUCUAAACUUAUCAGGAGCGUGGAGACUGCCAAGGCUUCAAGGGGAGGUUUGCCAGAAAAGAUAUGGAUGAAGCAACAAUUUUCUGUUGGAGUCAACGACGUGACAAGGGUUCUCGAGCGAAUGCCCGCGGCUGCUGCUUCUCGUUCUGGCUGUUCCACUGAAGCACCGACCAGCACAGCAAGGCGGAGAGCUCCUUUGGUGCCACUUCAGGCUGUCAUUAUAGCCGCUGAUUGCAAUCCCAAAUGGCUAACAAAGCACAUACCAACCCUGGCAAGCACAAGGCAAGUUCCCGUAUUGUGCCUCAAGGACAACAAAGGAAGCUCCCUGAGGUUAGGUCAAGUGGCGAAUGUCCGAACAGCGCUGGCCAUCGGGAUAAAGGCCAGGGACAGCAUAAUCAAUAAGGCUGUGGACGAAGUGCUGAAGGAUUAUUAUAAGCCAGUGGCCGAUGAACAGUAAAUUACCCCCCCAUUCCGAGUCCAGUAGCAUGAUGAGCUAAAUCUUAACCUCUGUGUGCUCAACAUUACAAGAACAUCUCGAAGGAGAGGUUCUUUCCUUUUCGCGGGGACUAGGGAGAGGUUUCCGAAGGUGAUCAAGUGUGUUGUCGGAUUGUAGCAUAUCAGUCCUAAUCUUUGACUUCUGGGCGACAUAUUCUUUUGCUGGAAAACUAAUGGAGAAUAGGCAUGUGGCCUGUGGCUGGCAUGUCAGGUUGGUGCAAUUCGGUUGAGAAGAUGAUGUUAUGCCUGGAACAACGUUUUCUGUAACGCUGCACUCUACCACAAUGUUGUUUUAUCGGGGUCGUUGAAGCUGAGUUUUUGGUAUGGAUUACACUUACAGAAAGCAUCCGGAAAUCAUUUUUGUU